AUGGAAAGUGCACUUUUUGAACCUAAUUCUGAUUUUAGGAGAAAGCCUAAUUCAGGCGAAAAUGAGUAUAAACAAAAUGAUUUAAGUGGUAUCAUUGAAGAUAGUGCUGGUAGAAAGCCUAAUUCCUUAUCGAAUGUCGAUAGACACACUAUUACUACCAAUAAUAAUACUCAUAGUAAUAAUAAUAACGAUAAUUAUAACAGCAAUUCUACUAAUCAUAAUGAUAAUGAUAAUAUUUAUAACAAUAAUAGCAAUAACAAUAAUACUAUUAAUAAAAAUAUUAAUGGUUCUGAAAAAAGACUAACCAGUCGUCAAUGGUUUUACGAAGAUCAGCAACGAUUUAUUGAUUUUAUAAUGAUUUUAAUCGACCAAUUAACUUGGACAGACCAUUUGAAUUUUACUUAUGCUUUAAAAUUAUUAAGAGAAAACUACAAUUAUCCAUUUGUGGACAGUAAGACGUUGAAACAUAGAUAUAAUGAAUUGAUUUCUAAUUAUUAUCAAAAACAGCAUACCCAUGAGACAUUAACUGAAAUUGAUCACAAAGUUGGGUUGUUUUUACAAAAGAAGCAUCAAAGUGAUUUAAAAAGGUCUAAGAAAUCUAUUCCUGCUGCUAACGACAGUAAGAAUGCUACGGAAAGUUAUAAUGGUGUUGUUACCGCACAAAAGCCAUCUCUAAAUAAAACGAGUCAUGGUAUUCCAAAAAACAACGAUUCUAGUGCUAUUACUGCUUAUAACCCGCAGUACCAAUCUUCCUUAUUGCAUAAAUUUAAAGUAAGCAAAACAUCAUCGCCAAACACUAAUAAAACAAGUAAUUAUAACAACAUCAUGCCCACGAAUGUUAAAGCAGCAUCGGCACUCUCAUCGUCUCCCUCUCCGUCUUCUCCUUCACCUGCUUCCUUUCCCUCUGCAUCGGUUGCAGCAUUUAAUACUCCCUCUGAUUUUGUGAGUAAAAUCGAUAAUUUGGAAGAAUCUUUGAAUGGUGUUGUUAAAAUCAUUGAGAAUAAUUCAACAAUAGAAGAACUGAAGUGGGACCAGUACUUAAAAAAGGAAGAAAACAAUAAUAUUACUUUAAACAACUUGGUUAAAGAGAUUAUAAAUAUAAACCAAUUGAUUUCACAGGAGUCUAGAGAUAUUAAAGAUGGAAUGAAACAGCUUUCUGAAGAGUUGAAUAGCAUUGGAAGAAGGAUAAGUAAUUUAGAGGAGGAAAGAGCAAGAGAGAGAGGGGAUAGAUAA